AUGUCCAAACAUUUGCAGUUUUGGAGAUUUCAUUUUUAUUUGGCAGGUAUAACUUCAUCACCUGUUUUUACAACAAUUAUACAAGUUUCUUCACGUCUUCUACUUUGUUGGGGUAUUUUGAAUGUAUAUCCUCCUAUUGUAUUGAAAACUAGUGCAUUUUUUUCCAUGAGCUAUGCUUGGAGUAUUACAGAGAUUGUUCGUUAUAGCUAUUAUGCAAGUAUUGUCUUUCCUCCUAUACAAAUGACUUAUAGUUUAAUUCUAAGAUAUAAUCUUUUUUAUAUUUUAUAUCCUUUAGGAACAUCUAGUGAAAUACUACUUAUUUGGAAAACACUGGCAUAUAUUAAUCAUGAAAAACAUGCUUAUACCUUAGUUCUUAAAGGAAUUCUUAUGAUUUACAUUCCAGGCUUUUAUAUCAUGUAUAGGCACAUGAUUCAUCAAAGAAGGAAAUAA